AUGGCCGCCAAAGUCCCCUCAAUUGCCGUCCCGGGCCUUUGUCUAGGUGAUCUCUCAACAUACACAUCCGGCCCAGGAACAUACGUUCGCGACUCGUCCAUCUGCGCCUCCAUUGCAGGCCCAGUAAUCCUCAGAGAUGACGAUAAAGAAUCAGACCCAAAGCGCAAACCCCGCAAAAUCCUCACAGUAUCAAGAUCCCCAAGAACCGAAACCUCCCACUUAAACGGAACGCAGCCCGUCUCCAGCGCCCGAUCCAAAUCAUCUUUAAAAUUCAACACCUUACCAGCCGUUGACUCCAUCGUUCUUGCACGAGUCACCCGUGUCCAAAAGCGUCAAGCCACAAUCUCCAUCCUAAUGGUCGUAGACGACCAAAACAACGACCUGAUCGACCAAGAUAUGCGCACAAUCCUCUCUUCAGCACCCAUAAUUACCACCGCUGGCACAGAUAGUGCAAACACAAGUAAUACCGCCGACGACCUACGGUUCCAAGCCAUCAUUCGGAAAGAAGAUGUUCGCGCCGUUGAAAAGGACCGCGUCGUGAUGGAGGAUAUGUUUCGGGUUGGAGACAUUGUGCGCGCAUACGUUAUAUCCGUCGGUGAUCAGAGUUCAUACUAUUGCUCUACAGCUAGGAAUGAGCUGGGCGUCGUCAUGGCUAGGAGCGAGGGAGGGAAUAUGAUGUUUCCUGUUAGUUGGAAGGAGAUGAGGGAUCCCGUUAGUGGGUUGGGAGAGGCCAGGAAGGUCGCGAAGCCAUUUUGA